GGAGCGGGAGGGGGCGCGGCAGGGGGCGCGGCAGGGGGCGGCCUCCCCGCGGACGCCCCCCACAAGCAGCCGCGGCUCACCAUCAACCUGCUGUGCGACCACGAGGACUCCGUCAGGGAGGUGGUGGCGGGUGCAGGAGAGCGUGGCGAACGUGGUGAGCGUGAGGAACGUGGCGAGCGUGAGGAAAGUGGUGAGCGUGGUGAGAGUGGCGAGCGUGAGGAGCUGCCGGUGCACGAGCGGCCCGAGCUGACGACCAGCACGGACGAGAUGGUGGUGCGGAAGCUGGCGCUGUGGCCCUGGAAGAAGCCGAUGCAGCUGCGGAAGACGGUCACCGCCAGGAGCUCCAAGUCGGUUAUGAUAUUGGAACAAGAACAAAUGGAGGAGUACUACGAGCGGGAAAACCUUUUCAUUCAAGUCACUGUGCAGGGUUACCCUCCCACGUGGACCAAGGAAAUGGUGCUCGACGGACUUCUGGACAAUCUGGAGGGGAAGAGCUUUAUACCGUGCUUUAUAGAGUUCUCGGCGGCGGAGUGCAAGUUCCUGGUGGUGCGGUCCCUUGCGGCGCUGGUGGCUCUACACAAGCUGGCCUUCAGGGUACACGUGGACGGCGUACAGCUCGCCGUGUCCAUCUCCGUGACCACACUCACGCUGUAUCAGCUCGACUUCGUCCCCAAGAUGAUGCUGAGGAAGAGGCUCGCCCUCGGCUAUCACGACGGCGACGACAACGGAGACGUCACCCUCAACCUCCAGGCGUUCACUCUGCAGCCCGACGUGAGCCACUUCAUCUACUUCCCGCUGCGACGCCUCACCAACCAGGCCGAGCUGAUGCAGGUCGCCGGACACGUGCGGUGGGAGCGACUCACGCACCUCGACAUCUCGCACAACCGGAUCACGAGCCUGGAGGGGCUGGAGCUGCCCCGCGCCGCCCCGCGGCUCCGCUCGCUGGACGCCGCGCACAACGCGCUCCCCUCCCUCGCCGCCCUCACCCCCGCGCGCGGCCUGCCCCUCCGCGCGCUGCGCCUCCACGGGAACCCCCUCUGUGCGGCCUGCACCGACCCCCGCCGCUACCUGCGCCUCGUGCGGACGCUGUUCUCAGAGCUGGCCCUCCUCGUGAUACCGCACCCACCCCCGCCGCUACCUGCGCCUCGUGCGGACGCUGUUCUCCGAGCUGGCCCUCCUCGUGAGUACCGCACCCACCCCCGCCGCUACCUGCGCCUCGUGCGGACGCUGUUCUCCGAGCUGGCCCUCCUCGACGAUGUUCCCAUAACGCUGAAAGGCGACCUGCCUCCGUCCGUAAAGAACUACUGCCCCGAGGAGGCGCAUCCGCUGGUGGAGAAGUUCCUGGAGGUGUACUUCCCGCUGCUGGAGGCUCGCCGCCUUUCCAUCAAACGCCUCUAUGACAAGAACACGUUGGUCACUGUCACAUACAAACAUAAAUACUUGUACAGAUACUUCCGCAAGAUGGCGCCCCGCGACCGCAGCUCUGACGACGACGACGACAAAGACACCAUACAGGGAGCAGCAGCAGCAGCACGCGCCCUCAGCUGCUGGCCCCAACUCAGACACGACCCCCACUCGUGCAGCGUGGACGUCCUCCACCACACGGACUCAACGACCAUAUUAAACAUUGUGGGCGUCGCCAACUGGCAGAGGAACACCCUCACCAAGGUGUCGUUCGCCAAAACGAUAGUACUGCGACAUGCGGCCGGAGGCGAGUACCGCAUCGCCGGAGAACUGGCAGUAUGGGACGAGCCCGCACCACAGCUCGCAGCCACCGCCUUCACCCUCACCAAGAUUCCAUCCAAUGCAUUAAGUCUUAAAUUGGAUGAGGCCCCAGACGAUUAUCUUAAAGAAAAAUUGAUGGAAAUAUUUAUUAAUUUGACCGAGUUAGACAAGAAAGCAAGUGAAAGAUGCUUAGAAAUAAAAAGUUGGAACUUGCAGACUGCCUUAGAACAUUUUAUACAAUUAUUAAAACUGGAUGAUCUCUCAUCUUUGUACAAUUGAUUGUAAUUAGUACCUACAUUAAUUAUGUACCGCAACAGUAAUGUAAUAAAACAACUUUAU